CAGAGAGAAGUUGCCGUCGCUAUCGCCGACGCCUCCACCACUACUCGGCGAUCACUGUAGUCCUCAUACUCUCUCUUUCGGGUAAAAUUGCUCUCAUUCUAUUUUAGGAAGCCUUUCUUAUAUUAUUCAGGAUAUAAACCGUAAAGUUUUAGAUUCGAAAUUAAAAUUUUGACUCGGUGCAUCAAGCACAAACUUAUUGGACUUUCUCUAGAAAAGAGCUGAAAUUAGGAACUGAGGCAUCAAUGUAAUGUAUGACGAUUGUUUUGAUAGUGGAAGGUCUUUGGUAGAUUGGUUCUUGUGUUGGUUUUAGAGUUUGUUUCACAAAUGUUGGAUUCUAAGCUGAGAUUCUUCCUUCAAAGAUGUGUAGUGCUUGAACAGGCGAAGCAAGUUCAUGCACAGUUAGUAGUGAACCGCUAUAACCAUCUUGAACCCAUCUUGGUUCACCAAACUCUUCACUUCACUAAAGAGUUCUCUAGGAAUAUUGUAACCUAUGUUAAAAGAAUCCUCAAGGGGUUUAAUGGUCAUGAUUCUUUCUCCUGGGGGUGUUUAGUUCGGUUCUUAAGCCAGCAUAGGAAGUUUAAAGAAACGGUUGACGUGUAUAUUGAUAUGCAUAACUCUGGGAUUCCUCCAAGUUCACAUGCUGUAACCUCAGUGUUAAGAGCCUGUGGUAAAAUGGAGAAUAUGGUUGAUGGUAAACCGAUUCAUGCUCAGGCUCUGAAAAAUGGAUUGUGUGGUUGUGUUUAUGUUCAGACAGGUCUGGUGGGUUUGUAUUCUAGACUUGGUUACAUUGAGCUGGCAAAGAAGGCGUUUGAUGAUAUUGCUGAGAAGAACACAGUUUCGUGGAACUCGCUAUUACACGGGUAUCUGGAAAGCGGGGAACUAGAUGAGGCUCGCAGAGUCUUUGACAAGAUCCCUGAGAAAGAUGCUGUGUCAUGGAAUCUGAUUAUCUCGAGCUAUGCAAAAAAAGGUGACAUGGGCAAUGCAUGCUCUUUGUUUUCAGCAAUGCCUUUGAAAAGUCCGGCUUCUUGGAAUAUAUUGAUAGGCGGGUAUGUGAAUUGCAGGGAAAUGAAACUAGCAAGAACCUACUUCGAUGCAAUGCCCCAGAAGAAUGGUGUCUCUUGGAUUACAAUGAUUUCAGGGUACACAAAAUUGGGAGAUGUUCAGUCUGCUGAGGAGCUCUUUAGACUGAUGUCUAAGAAAGACAAACUCGUCUAUGAUGCCAUGAUAGCUUGUUAUACUCAAAACGGCAAGCCAAAGGAUGCUCUGAAGCUAUUCGCUCAGAUGCUUGAAAGGAAUUCAUAUAUUCAGCCGGAUGAGAUCACACUCUCAAGUGUUGUAUCAGCUAAUUCACAGUUGGGUAAUACCAGUUUUGGUACAUGGGUUGAGUCAUAUAUAACCGAACAUGGAAUCAAGAUCGAUGAUCUCUUAAGUACCUCUCUAAUUGAUCUUUACAUGAAAGGCGGAGACUUUGCCAAGGCAUUCAAAAUGUUCAGCAAUCUAAACAAAAAGGACACAGUUUCUUACUCUGCUAUGAUCAUGGGCUGCGGGAUAAACGGCAUGGCCACAGAAGCAAACAGUUUGUUUACAGCUAUGAUUGAAAAGAAGAUCCCUCCAAAUGUAGUAACAUUCACAGGACUAUUAUCAGCGUAUAGCCAUUCAGGUCUUGUUCAAGAAGGCUACAAAUGCUUUAACUCCAUGAAAGACCACAACUUGGAACCCUCCGCUGAUCAUUAUGGGAUAAUGGUGGAUAUGUUGGGACGAGCCGGGAGGCUAGAAGAAGCAUAUGAGCUGAUCAAGAGUAUGCCGAUGCAGCCAAAUGCUGGAGUUUGGGGAGCUUUGCUUUUAGCCAGUGGGUUACACAACAACGUUGAAUUUGGAGAGAUUGCGUGCAGUCACUGCGUUAAACUCGAGACAGAUCCUACAGGUUAUCUUUCGCAUCUUGCUAUGAUAUAUUCGUCUGUUGGUAGAUGGGACGAUGCCAGGACUGUUAGAGACAGUAUAAAAGAGAAGAAACUGUGUAAGACACUUGGGUGUAGCUGGGUUGAGGGUUCAUAUCAUUGAGAUGUCGGGGAAUACAGAUUUCGGUUUCGGUUAGGAUCAUCAAACCGAAUGUGAGAGAUUAGGGAUCAACUUCUACAUCCAAGAGUGGAAGAAACUGAAGAAGAAGUUGGAAAAACAACCCUAAGUUACCAACCUACAUCAGACCUAAACUUUGAGAGAGUGAUUAAACAGAGGAUUUUAUGAGGAAGAAAUCAGGUUGAUGUCAUGAGAGGGCUUGUGUCGUGGAUCAGAAGGUAAAGACGGUGUCCAUGUGGCAUGUACUGAUUGGGAGAGAAGACGGUGUGGGACGGAUGGUUGGAUGAUCAACAACAUUCGAAGAGGUUGGCCUUGGAGAAGACAUGAUUAGCGUGUCAUUGGCUAGCCCUGAUGGACGUGUAGUAAGCAGUGGUGUCGCUGGCCUGCUGGUUGCAGCUGUAGGUAGUUUUUUAGCCGGCAGCAAGAUCAUAGACCGAAGCAGCAGAAUCAAAAGGUGUCUCCAAUGCCAACCGGCAACCACAUUGCAGCAUGUAAACUGGAAAACAGUACCUUAUGUUGAAAAAGAAAGACAAAAUGGUGGUUCGAUUGUGUACAAAUUAAAAUAAUAACUGAACAUACAAAAAUGCAUUUAUCACGGCUCAUGCUUUGCAUAGGCUUUAACACUAGUAUUGUACAUUGUUCAUGUUCUUCAAACUUUGCUAUUAAUUUGGUAUAAAUUAGCUUAGCCAUUUAGCUAAUUCAUUCCAAAUUAGUAACAAAUUUUCAAGAAGAUAAAAAGUACUAUAUUAGUUUUAAGGCCGUGUUAAGCAAACCAAAUUGAUCAAAAAGAAUUUUAUAUUUUUCAUCAACAAAGGUAAACUUUAUGUAUACAUUUUAAAAUAUAUAUCAAAUGGACCC